AGAAAAGACUCCAUGUGGCCCGAGCUUCCUCCGGCACUUGGACCCCUCUCCGGACACGGUUUGCGACUACGAAUUCGAGAUCGAGAGAUAAUAUUCUUUCUUGCCCGGGAAUAUUGCCUCUUCAUUUAUAUUAUUCUAUAUUGACUCGUCCCGUCGUUUACGGAACUCUCUAUUCUCCCAUCGAGGCUCAUACGGGUGAAUUCACACAAAUUCAAUCGGCGAACAUCAUCCAAGAUGGCGCCUCAUCUCAACCAUGACGAAUUCUUCUCUUCUCUCACCAACCUCCUCACAACCGCGACACAGAAGUCGCGUGGCUCCGUCUACCUGACUCAAAAGCGUCUACCCGGCAACAACUCUUCUUCAGAUGACUCUUCUGCACCAUCUCAGUCAUCAAUCCUCAUCCGCGCCACCGAUGGAAACACAAAUGCUGCGAACCCCAAGUCAAAAACAAAGAGCAGAGAAGACGCACACCCGAAAGUGAAGCUGGCUACGGUCGUCGCGCCCGAGGAUAUCGAGGCGUUUUAUGUACGAUAUGCGGAGGUGUGCAAGGCUGGUAUGGUCGGCAUGAAGAAGCGCGAUCGUAGCGGCAAGAAGAAGAAGGGGAAGGCUGGAAAGGUUGCCAAGGCAUGAGAUGAGGGAGGAGGUUAGCUUGGCUGCUUUACUUGAUGUCUCAAAAUCUGUAUCCGUGAUGGCAAGGAUUGCUGGCUGCAAUUCUGAGGAUGGCUGGUUCGCUGGAUUAACUGGCUAGUGUUGCAUGAGUUUUGGCGUUUUGGGGGUUCUAGACUUCGUCUCCUGUCAUUUAAUGUACCGAUCGACGAACGAAAUACCAAGGCUGUGUCAGCAGCUUUGCAAAUGAUAACUAAUUGUUAGGGCUUCACGUGUAUCUAGAAGAAAUCAUGGGGCGUCCAGGUAUUCUCCUGAGAGGGAAGAAUUUCCCUCGAUAUACAAGAAGGCCGGCCAAAC